AUGAGUCGUGGAGAAAGAGCGAGACUUGUUUGUUCACCAGACUUCGCCUAUGGUGCAAGAGGAUACCCUGGUGCAUAUCCUUUUCAAAUUGAAGCCUAUUUACUUUUAUUUUAAAGAAUUAACUUAUAUUAUGGCUUUUAGGGUAAACAUAAUUUUAAAGAUUUUUAAACUUAGCACAUAUCUAAAGGGCCACAUGGUUUGAGUUAGAAACUUUUUAAAAAAACGUUGUGCCUGUUAAAAUGGACAAAAGCCACAAAGUAUGCCAAAUGCCCAGUCUCACACAUUUGUGUUGUGAUGUGGCUAGUAACAUGUAUAAAUAAUAGGGCAUCACUUUUGGCUGACCACAUAGCCAAUACAUGAGUUUUGAAUUCAAACAUCAACAAAUAAACCUGGGUUCGGUAAUGCUAGAACUUGGUAUUUAAUAACCACUUAUUUCUGAUAUCAGUAUGUUAACCGAAAUUGAAUUCAAACCCAUUGGUACUAUGAAGCUGAUCUAAUCUGGUCAAACCAGGAUAUGAGAUGGCAAUCUUAACUUUGUAAGUUUUUUUGCCAUUCUAAUUGACUACUUCUUCUAUAUAUUAUAAUUAAGGGGUCAUGAUCAAUUUAUUGAUCAUUCUGCCUCCUAUGCAUGUAGAGGGGAUUAGCAAUGGUUCUUUGCCUGGUGUUGAUGAGGAUAUCUCACUGGUUGCAAGGGCUAUUUAGUGAGGGUAUCAUGCACUGGGGGUUGGAAGGCCUGAGGCAAUAGACACAAAUGUGUCAAGUGUUGUUGCCUCAACUGUUCUUUUGAUUGUCUUUGGCAGGAAUGAGCAGUUCCUAUACUGGCUUCUCGCUGCUAUGAGCCGUAACUGCCUGUCAUGGCCCUCAUCACUGUCUAUGGGGGAGAGGUACAAGUUUUUGUUUAAUGCUGGAGCAGUGGACCAGACCAUUAUUUAUUUUAUACCUCAUGGAGAGUCGUUGUCAUUCCUUUAAUAGUGACCAGCCCAGUGUUUCCAGCAUGCUGCCAACACUAGAGGUGUUCCUGUAGCGGUUCAGAACAAAGCAUGCUGCCCGUCGUUGGACAGUCUCCAACCUGUCAAUGCUCUUCUGGGUAAAUGGGUCCCAAACUCAAGAUGCAUAAUCUAAAAGCGGCCGGGCAAGGCUUUAUAGGCUCUUUCUUUCACACUGGAGUUGCCGAUCUUUAGAUUACACCUUAAGAACCCCAAGGUCUUGUUUGCCUGGUGUCACACUGUAUUAAUAUGCUCGUCCCAGUGGACCUCUCUUUGAAUGGUAACACCCAGGUACCUCAUGCAGGAAACUGGCCUAAGUAUAUGGUCAUGGAGUUCGUAAUGGUAGUGUAGAGGAGUACAACUUCUAGAGACUGACAGUGUCUGGAACUUAGGGGGAUGAAAUUCCAUGUCCCAGCUCAUCUCCCACUCAGCUAGCCGAUUGAGAUCCUGAUGUAGCUGGUCUUGGUCAGAUCUGUUCAUCUGCGAAAGUCUUGCUUGGGAUGUCAGUUUCUCGGGUAGGACAUUGAUGUAUGCUAGGAACAAACAGGGGCCUAGCCCUGGGGGACCCCUGACCUAACACUGACAAAGGAGGAGCUUGUACCGUCCACCACUACUGCUGGGUAUCAGUUGCUGAGGAAGCUAGAGAUCCAUGUUUUAGUAGUGCCUUGGCUCCGAUAUCUCUGAAGUGUGUGUAAUAGCAAACUAUGAUUGACACAGUCAAAUGCCUUUGAGAAGUCCAUCACCAGCACGUCAGUUUGCUUGCUGUUCUCCAGAUUGGUCAUCAAGUCUUCUACAAAUUCAAGACGCUUGGUCUCACAUGAUCUAUUGACUUUGAAGCCAUGUUGACAGUCAUUGAGUAUAUUUUGGCUUUCAAGGUGCUUCAUGACUUCGCUUACGAUUAUGUACUCCAAUAGUUUGCAUACCACUCUGGUGAGGAAUAUUGGACGUUAGUUGGCAGGGUCAGAAUGCUCCCCUUUCUUGUAGAUUGGAAUGACAUGUGCUAUUCUCCAGGCUGUUGGAAAAUUGCCUGUGCACAGUGACGUUUGCAAGAGGAUUGUCAGUGCAGGAGCGAUUUCUUUGGCUAAUUCUUUGCGCACUCUUGGUUUGAUAUUGUCAGGACCACAUGCUUUGUAGGGGUUAAUGGUUUUGAGGAGGGCAAGCACACCCUGCCCUGAAAUCUGGAUAUCUUCCAGGACGGGGUAGGCUCUGUUCAUCAUGUUGGUCUUCAGAUGGAACUCAGCCUCCGAGUACUCUCUACCAUCACCAAAGACCAACUGGAACUGCUGAUUGAGUAUGUCAGCCUGUGCUUUUGGGUCAGAUGUCAAAUGGCCAUCCCACCUCAGGAAGGAAACUCCUGCGUUUGAGGACUUUUGGUGCUUCACAUAGCUCCAAAAGCGCUUGUUCUUGACACCCAGUACCACAGCAUGCCAGAAUUUUCAGCAUGCUGAUUGUAAUAAGCUGUGUCAAUGCUGUGACCAUGGAAUCAUUGCCCACAUUGUUCACAGGCAACGCCUCUGUCCUCCCACCAUACAGCAAGGUCACAUGUUCCGCAGAUUUAUGAUGCUUGGGAUUUGGAACAUGAGGGGGUAUGCAAGGGAGGACAGCCAGCACUCGUAGCGACGUUCGGUCAAGGGUUGGGUUCAGGAGAGUAUGAAUUUGCGAGGAGGAUGCAGGCCAGAUACAAUAGUACCAGUCUUGACGGCCUAAGGGCAGAGAUUGAGUAGAGCAAGAUCGAGAUGCUCUAUGUAAAAUGUCUACAAACACAGUGAGCAGUACCAGCUGUGCGGAAAACUGUCUUCUUACUGAAGUCUAAAUUGUCAUAAAGCGUCCAUUUCUGGUCUCUUGGCAUCACAGGUGAACAAUUUAUUUUCCAGAGCCGUUACCACAAUGGUAUAUAUGUAAUAUUGUAAUUGAACAUACCACAAGUCACUCCGGUGUGUAUCAGUCUAAGAGCACACGCAGGAAUAGAGUUAUGCUACGCUUUAAGUAAGACAGGAAGUGGUAACAAACAUGGCGCGGAAUAUCAAACCACAAAAUCACAUAAUUUGCUAAAAAUGUUGAGGACAGUCACUUUUGGCUAAUCCCUUGAUCAGCAAUGGUGACAUUUGAGUUGAUAAAUCACAGUUUGUUGAGAAUUUGGUAGACUAAUAAUGUCAUAUUCAAAGAAAUUUUCCUCAUUAAAAAACAUGUAAACGAAUCCCAUCUAACCGGACUUAAUUUCUGAUGGGAAAGAUUAUUUUAAGAGAUACAUUUUAAAUUGUAAAAAAAAUAGAAUGGUAGAAAUGCAACAACAUGGCAACAUUUUUCUAUUCCUUAAUAUUCUUACUAUUCCAAAAAAUGCCACCUUGAUUUUUGACAUUGAACUUCUAAAGAUGGAAUGAAGGAGAAACAUUGAAAGGUUGUAAAAGUGACGGUUUUGUGAAAGCUGCAUCAUCCUGUCAUCCAGCCCUCAUCAUGCUUGUCACAAAGAAGCUCUACAACUCACCCAUGUUGUGAAGUUUACACUUUCCAAAUUUUCAACCAGUUCAUAAAUCUCACCUAUUUUACUUUGUCAUUUUAUACAGCAAAGAUUUUAAAUUCAUUUGUAUUUCUAUCCAGCUUUUCAUUUUGAUUUAACUUAUGGUUUGCUAUCAGUUACCUAAAAUCACCCAUUACAGUAUUUAAUGAAUGGAAGUGUUAAUUUUUCCAAUAUCACAAUUUCUUUCCAGUUUUUAAAGUUCACAAAUUUUUUUUAUAACGACAAAGAUUGUAAAAUCUCUGCAUUGACUGCAAGAUAUUUUUUGUGCAUUAUUUGUUUUUUUAAAUGGUUUUAAAAUGACUAUAUCUGGAAGACAGAAGCUACCAUAUAUUUUUCUAAUGGAUAAUAAAGGAGAAAUAUUACAGUCUUAAAUUAUUGUACAAAUUGUAAGUUUGAACAAUUGUUUCAUAACAACUGCAAUAUUUAUGAUUCAAUCGCACCAAAAUAAGCCCAAAGUUUGGAUGUAAUGAAAAUAAAUGAUGUUUAUUUGGUAUAAAAUGAAUCUGCAACAUAGAUCACAUUUUGUGCUUCAAACUGUUUUGUCAAGUAUUUGGGUGACUAAAAACUUGUUAAACAUUUCCCUAAAGUUAAGUUAUAAGUAACAUUAAAGUAUGGGUUUAAAAAAAUCUUUAAAAUCCUUGAAAAAAAACACAAGUAGUGUAUGGUCAAUUAACAUUGACGUAAAAUUAAUACAUUUCUUCUGUUUUUAAAGUUUAUUUGAUAGAGCUUGCAUGCCUUAGGCACAAUUGCAAAAGCAAGUGUCUAGACAUAGAAGUUUUAGAAUCUUUGACAGUGUUGCAAUUCACAAACUUUUUAUUUUUCCUUUGAAGUUUUAAUAAAGAAAUAUUGUAUUUUGAAACCAUGCAUUACUUAAUUGACUGAAUUUAAAAAAAAAAUGAGGUGUAGAAUUAGAAUGGGGACACAUAUUCAUUUGGCUCAGCAGACAGUAAACUUGUACCUGUACCGUUCUUGUAAUAUUAUAGCUUAAAGAGUAGAGACUUCAUGGGUGGUUGUUUUACAGGGGCUUUGUUUUCUAGCUUUAAUAUGUUAUAAUAACUGUACAGUUUGUUGCUUCUGUUAAUAUUUAUGAGCUUUCUCUUUUUUUUCCCUUUAUCUUGUUGUAUACAUAUACAUUUAUUUACAUAAUGAAGAAGUAAUUUACUAACUGUCAAUACCAUAAUCAAAUAAUGUCGUUUUCCUUGACAGAGAGGAUCAUGUAUUUCAAACAUGUGUUUUCAACACAGAAUUAUUUUUUUUUACAGAAAUGUGGCUUUGAUGUUGAAUAAUACAAUUUAAUCAGAUGUUUUCCAUCAUUUUAUAGCAGUAUCAAUUUACCUUUUUUGUUCUGUUUAACAGAGAUAAAUGUGACAUUUUCUAAGCAAGAAGCUAAGUUGAGUUUAUUAAUUUGAGGCAUAUUCUUUUGAUGUCAUUCCAUUGUUUAAAACCAUAGUCCCUUUAUAUAUUCUUAAGAAUACAAAGGGAGGCAAUGGAUUCUACAAACCAAUUGUUGUGAUAACUUAUUUUUAAAUAAUUUGAUUUCUUAUACUAGUUUUCACAGGACAGUGUUCAGCCAUUACCUAACUAUAUGUUAGGUUAGAUAAAUUAAUCUUUUUGUCCAAAAUUUAUGUUGAAAUUAUGUAUUAAUGCAUAAAAUUCUGUGCCAUGCAUUGCGACAUUAGAAGAAAACUAAUACAAAGUGUAAUUUUGGGUUUUUUGGAUUCUAUGUAUUAACUAAUUUUAAGGUGACUUUUUUAAAAAUUAAGUUACUUGAUUAAUCUUUUGUUUUUUUAUGUAAAAAAAACAGCAAAAUACUUUUUUGCCUUUGAAACUAUUGAAGUGACUAACAUAAUUUGUGGAAGCUUUACAAUAUUUUAAUCUUUAUUUGAAAGUAGAAUUUUUUUUUUUUUUCACAUUGUGUUGCUUAUUAAUUUAGAUAGCAUUGCUUAUACUAACAUGGAUAUUUGAUAUGAUCAUUUUUUUUGUGUGAGCCCUUUGGCUUUUGGUUAUGGAGCUAACACCGGGUCAGUGCUAGCAUAUCCUCUAAGUAAGUAGAUUAUUAAAAACUUUAAACAAUUUUAGGGGCUCAUUAGGAGGAAGUAUAUAGAGGUUUGAUCUUAAAACUGCAAACUCAUUGUUCCUAAUAUUAUAUAUAUAUAAACACAACUCUUUGGUACUAAGGUCUUGAUGAAAAUAUGGUUAAUGUGAUGCAAUGUGUGCAAUUUUAUGUAGAGAUUGCUUUUCUGUUGGCUUGAAUAUAGAAAGUAAACUGCAGUGAAACAGAUUUUGAGGAAAGCUAACUUAUUAACAUUGUAUUAAGAUGUUAUCAGCAAUAGUUCAGAUUGUCAGGGGCUACUUGUGAUAAUUUUUUAAUACAUUAAUUUUAAUUUAAAAAAAGAAAACAAAAUGAAGGCUGAAUAUAUCUUGGUACUUUUAAGUAAUAAAAUUUUUUGCGUCGGUCUUAAACAACUACACGGUCCCCCCGGGGUAGUAAGGGGGGACUUUAGAGACGUUAAAUAUCCACCCCAACCCCUUAGAAAGCCCGGCCCUGUUGCUGCGUGAGUAGCGAUCUGGCUGGCCAGGUGUUUCUUCUCUGGGGCUGCCACACUCAGCGGCCAAUCGAGUGGAGGUCGGGUGUGGCAGUCUUAGGGGCGGAGUAAAGACCACUGGGGGAGUGGUUGAUGGCCGAUUUGGUUGGCGGGGUGGUGCGUUGGGGAGGACCAUAUGAGCCUACAAGGGCUCGGUGUUCGCUGAUUUUCUUAAGUUAGUUAGUAAUAAAAUUUAGAAUCUAAAUUAACAGUUAGUCUAAAAUUUAACAUUUUAGCUAUGUCUUAAAAUAGGAAUUUAAUUUUUUUAAAUACAAAAUUGUCUAUUUCAUGUGAUAAAAAAAAGUUGCCUUUGGUCUCUGUUUAUGAUAUGAAAAUAUGACACAAAAAUGAAAUUUAAUCAAGAAUAAUUGAGUUUCUAAAUAAAAUGUAUACUUUCUCAUAAAAUUUAGGAGGCUAUAGGAAACCUUGUAUCAUGUUUUAACCAAAACAAAAAUAUUCCAAUUCCAGUAAGUUAUUGUUUCCACAAAUAAAUGUCAAAUUCAUUUUUUUUAAAUGACAAUAUUUAAUUUGCAUUAACAGAGCUUUUCAAAAUUUAAUCCUAGAACAGGUUUAUUGUUUUUUUACUUUUUUAAAACAGAAAAAAAAUUAUAUUCAGUUAAGAUCUUAGUGUGUGCUUUAAUUGUAUAUUAAUUUAUCCAUUCGACUCAACAAAGAUGUAAGUUGUUUGAAUCAAAUUCCUGCAUAGUUCUCUUUGUUUCAUUUUCUGUAAAUAUUGGGCUUCAAAGGAAAGUUGUCCGAAGGGAACAAAAGAAAAAUGUUUAGAAACUCAUCUCCACUUUUAUAUGAUUAAUCCUAUUACAUGAAACAAGUUCAGUUUUUAUCAAGUUAACUGGUUUUUCUGUGACAGUAUUUUGGCUAAUCCAUAAUUUGCUUUUAUUUUAACCUAUAGAUUGCUUUUAUUUGUUUGGUUAUUAAUACUUUUUAAAAACCCAAUCUAUUUCUCAUGAUUAAAAAGAAAUAUUUAUCCGACAUGCAUUGAAAUCCCGGCCUAAGGAUUCAUCCAAUAAUCUUAAGAUAAAAAAUAUUUUUGAAUUUUAAAGACCUUGUUUCUUCAAAAAAUACUCUGCUGGCUUCAUUUCCACUUCCACCAUGUUACAAACGAAAAAGGAUUUCAAUAAUUUUUUUUCUUUUAGAAACUUAAAAUAUAAUGUGAUACAAAAACUGUGCUACAUCAUUCACUUAAUUUUGGAAUUCAAAUAUAUAUUUCCCACAUUUAGCGAACUGUCUAAGCCUAAUACACUUCAUAUGAUAUCUAUUAUGUUUAUAUAAUUGUGUAUUGAUCUAUUAUUCCAUAAAUGCAUUUGUUAAAGUGAUGUGCCUGUGUGUCUUGAAUAAUUAUAAAUGGUUACAAAUGAUUAUUUUUAAAUUAUUAUUAUUAUAAUUUUUUGUGUGGUCAUUUGAAAUGAAUGAUUGACCAUUUCUGUAAAGUUCUUAUACUUGAUGGAAGAUAACUACACUACCCUUGUAAUUGAGAAAGUAAAUUGUUAAUACAAGGA